UGCUUCCCUCACGCAGUCUCUUUCCCCGGCCGCAAAACGACCGUGAGUGUCCAACUCACCGUUAUAGGAAAAAAAAAAAAACUUAAAAUAAAAACGCAUAAAAAAAUAUAAAAUCUACAAAAUCUAAAUAAAAAACAAACGCAGAAAUACUUAAACACAAACCUUUAAAAAAAUAGCAAAAUUAAAAAAUAUAAACAAACAAAGGUGGGAUUUUAAAGAAGUUCUCAAGGUUUAUUCUAAGAAGCUGGAUUUGCGGAAGCUCUUAUAAUAAUCGGGGAAAACUGAGGUACGAUUAGGAACCGGGUUGUUCACUGUUUCGGGACAAUUUCACUAAUAGCGUAUAUAUUUGUAUUCGGGGAAGCUCUAAGAAAUGAACACUGCGACGGGGAGUUAUCCGAUGGCUUCUCUCUACGUUGGCGACCUGCACCCAGACAUAACGGAGGCGAUGCUGUACGAGAAGUUCAGCCCCGCCGGACCGGUGCUCUCCAUUCGGGUCUGCAGAGACAUGAUCACCCGGCGCUCCCUCGGAUAUGCUUAUGUGAACUUCUCGCAGCCCGCUGACGCGGAGAGAGCCCUAGACACCAUGAACUUUGAUGUGGUGAAAGGGAAGCCAAUCAGGAUCAUGUGGUCGCAGAGAGAUCCCUCACUCAGGAAGUCCGGCGUGGGCAAUGUUUUCAUCAAGAACCUUGACAAGUCCAUCGACAACAAAGCCCUGUAUGACACCUUCUCUGCCUUUGGCAACAUCUUAUCCUGCAAGGUGGUGUGUGAUGAAAAUGGAUCAAAGGGCUACGCGUUUGUCCACUUCGAGACGCAGGAUGCAGCAGAUCGCGCCAUUGACAAGAUGAACGGCAUGCUUCUGAAUGACCGCAAGGUGUUUGUGGGUCGUUUUAAAUCUCGAAAAGAACGGGAGGCUGAACUCGGUGCCAAAGCCAAGGAGUUUACUAAUGUUUACAUCAAGAACUUUGGUGAUGACAUGGACGACGAACGACUGAAGGAACUUUUUGAAAAAUAUGGUAAAACCCUGAGUGUGAAAGUGAUGGCAGAUUCCUCCGGAAAAUCUAGGGGUUUUGGGUUUGUUAGCUUCGAGAAACACGAGGAUGCUAACAAGGCUGUGGAGGAAAUGAAUGGUACCGAUCUGAAUGGUAAGACUGUCUUUGUGGGCAGAGCUCAGAAGAAGAUGGAGCGGCAGGCGGAGCUGAAGAGGAAGUUUGAGCAGCUCAAACAAGAACGAAUCAGUCGGUAUCAGGGAGUCAAUCUUUACAUAAAGAACCUUGACGACACAAUCGAUGAUGAAAAAUUGCGUAAGGAGUUUUCUCCAUUUGGCUCCAUUACAAGUGCUAAGGUGAUGUUAGAAGAAGGCCGUUCAAAGGGCUUCGGCUUCGUCUGCUUCUCUUCGCCUGAGGAGGCCACCAAGGCUGUGACAGAGAUGAACGGCCGUAUCGUUGGCUCUAAACCUCUGUACGUCGCUCUUGCUCAGCGCAAAGAGGAGCGCAAAGCUCACCUCACCAACCAGUACAUGCAACGUAUUGCAGGCAUGAGGGCCAUGCCAGCUAACGCCAUCAUCAAUCAGUUCCAGCCCACAAGUGGCUACUUUAUGCCUGCUGUGCCCCAGGCACAGAACAGGACCACAUACUAUGCACCGAACCAGCUGGCUCAGAUGCGGCCCAACCCACGGUGGCAGCAACAAGGUGGUAGAGGUCAAGGCGGUUUCCAAGGAAUGCCUAACUCGCUGCGUCAGCCUGGACCCCGAGCCAAUCUCAGACACAUGACUCCUAGCAGUGGUGCACAGGGUCCACGAGGUGCCGGUCAGACCAUGGGUCCUCGUCAGUCAAUGGGAGUUCCAGGCCCCAGGGCCAUGCCGCCGUACAAAUAUGCCACUAGUGUCCGUAACCCCAAUCCCCAAGUGGUGCAACCAAUUGCCGUACAGCAGACUCAGCCAGCUGUGCAUGUUCAGGGCCAGGAGCCGCUCACGGCCUCCAUGCUGGCUGCUGCGCCGCCUCAGGAACAGAAACAGAUGCUAGGGGAGCGUUUGUUCCCGCUGAUUCAGGCCAUGCAUGCCAACCUGGCAGGAAAGAUCACUGGCAUGCUGCUGGAAAUCGACAACUCGGAGCUGCUGCACAUGCUGGAGUCGCAUGAGUCUCUCCGUUCAAAGGUAGAGGAAGCUGUUGCAGUGCUGCAGGCCCAUCAAGCAAAGAAGGAUGCUACUCAGAAAGUAGGUGGCAUGGCGACUACUGCUGCUGCUACAUCCUAAAAACCGGAUACUGUAUUAACUUGGACUGAGAAAUCAAAGUCAGGAUGGACAGAUACACUACAGUACCUACAAUAACUUAUGCAAAAAUAUCAGAAAAAAAUUUAAAUUAAGAAAAAAAUGUUAAAACCUGUUCAAGUAUGUUUCUAGUUGCAAUAUACUUUUAAACUGCACACUACGUUAAUGUGAAAGAGGAACACAGGACAUAUUUGAUCAGAAAAGGCCAGAAACCUUUUUUCCAAAACCAACAUGAAUCUUGUUCUUUAUUUUGCUUGCAGGCUUCACUUUGAUUUUAAAAUGAUCUGCUUCUUAGCCAUCUCAAAUUAUCAUGGGUGUGUGGAAUUGUCAAUAAAGGGAUGAUAAACAAA